AUCCCGGCGCGCCCGCGGGCACAUGGGGCAGCGCCUGAACCGCUGCCUCGAUGUCCCCGUCGCGCUGCCGCCGCUGAGGCGGAGGCUGCUGCUGCUCUUCAUCAUGCUCUUCCUCUGGCUCUACAUGUUCUACUCGUGCGCCGGCUCCUGCGCCGGGCUGGCGGCCCGCGGCUCUCCCGCGCCGCCCCGCGCCGCCCCGCCGGGGGAGCCGGGCGAGGAGAGCAGCCUGGAGGAGCAGCGGGCAGCGCCCGACGCCGCCAGCCCCAUCUCCAGCUUCUUCAACGGCUCCGGCACCAAGCGGCUGCCGCAGGCCAUCAUCAUCGGCGUCAAGAAAGGGGGGACACGGGCGCUGCUGGAGUUCCUGCGGGUGCACCCCGACGUGCGCGCCGUGGGCGCGGAGCCCCACUUCUUCGACCGCAACUACGAGCGGGGACUCGCCUGGUACAGGGACCUGAUGCCCAGGACGCUGGAGGGGCAGAUCACCAUGGAGAAGACCCCCAGCUACUUCGUCACCAAGGAGGCCCCAGCCCGCAUCUCCUCCAUGUCCAAGGGCACGAAGCUCAUCGUGGUGGUGCGGGACCCCGUGACCAGAGCCAUCUCGGACUACACCCAGACGCUCUCCAAGAAGCCCGACAUCCCCACCUUUGAGAGCCUGACCUUCAAAAACAGGACUACGGGCCUGAUCGACACCUCGUGGAGCGCCAUCCAGAUUGGCAUCUACGCCAAGCACCUGGAGAACUGGCUCCUCUACUUCCCCAUCGGGCAGAUCCUCUUCGUCAGCGGGGAGAGGCUGAUCAGCGACCCCGCGGGGGAGCUGGGCAGGGUCCAGGACUUUCUGGGCCUCAAGAGGAUCAUCACCGACAAACACUUCUACUUCAACAAAACCAAGGGGUUCCCGUGCCUGAAGAAGGCGGAAGGCAGCAGCAAACCCCACUGCCUGGGGAAGACCAAAGGCAGGACCCACCCCGACAUCGACCAGGAGGUGGUGCAGAGGCUGCGGGACUUCUACCGGCCCUUCAACAUGAAGUUCUACCAGAUGACGGGGCAGGACUUUGGCUGGGACUGAGCCUGGCGUGGGAAAGACCCCCUUGUAAUUCCUUGCCCAGCACGGUUUGCUUAUAUAAAGAGAUAUAUAUGUAUGUAAAAUGUACAGAAAUCUAUUUUAUAAUAAUUUAUUUUUAAUUCCUAAGCAAUUAAUUCACUAAGCUGCCUAACCGCACUGGCUAGAACGGUAGCCCGUAACCUGUUUAACAUUCCACGGUGUUUAAUUCUAAUAUGUCUCUCUUUUCCUUUUUCUUUUGGCUUUUUUUUUGUUGGUUUUUUUUUUUUUUCCUCCCCCCUUCUGUUUCCUCCUCUUUUUGGUUUGGUUUGUAACAGACAGUGCUACCACUUUUCCUAAACAAAAUUUGUAUUUAAAAAAAAAAAAAAAAUCAAAAAAAGGGAGGGGAGGGAGGGAAAGCACAGGUUUAUUUUUGUUACGGGUAUCUGGCCUUUAUAAAACACUUGCUUUCCCUACUCCGGUGUCCCAGUCUCUGCUCCAGUGUUGUGCUCCUUUGUCCCACGGUUUUCCAGUUAGUCCCACAGCCCCAGGGGGGUUUCACUGGGGUGGGUGGGAGGGAGGCUGGGAAUUCUUUCCCCCCACAUAGCUCUGCUGAGCAGCAGCAUGUGCUCCCAGUGGCUGCAAGCCUGGGGAACCCCAAGCCAUGGAGCUCCUGCUCACACCCAGGGCUCUUUUCCCAGCGGAGAAGCCGCAGAGCCUGUUGCAUGAGCAGAGCUCUCUCCUCAGUACACUUUUCCCUCCUGCCUUUUGUCCAGGAGGCUGUUUCCCACGAUCCCUCUAUGCAUUUGAAAUCUUCACUGCAGGACAAAUGCAAAGUACCCGUGUCUGUGUGUGUCACACACGGUGCUGGUCGGAGCGACGUGCGGGAAGCGUCGCUCCGGGGAUGCCCACGUGCUCCGGGCACUGCUGGGACACGGCUGCACCUGCAGCACGUGGAGUGGCCUCCACCCACCAGAGACACUGGCAGAGCCGUGGAAAAACCCCAGGUCUCUGCCUGGCACCAUGCCCAGCACGGAACACAUCCCAGGACACUGCACAGGCAACGCUACCUCCGGUCCCACAGCCACCACGGCAGCUGCCAGUACAUCAACCUGGGGAACAUCAAGCAGUUUAAUUCCCAUCACUUUUUGGUCCAACGCCCAAUCCGUGUCUCUCCCAAGGAGCAGGGUUUGCCUAGAGCCAGGAGGAAGUGCUGCUUUGGCAAUGAGGGUGACUCUGUAGGAAAGCAGGGGGGAGACUGGGGUGGGUUGGGGCACUGCAGCAGCCCAGGGGUGCCCUGGCUGAGCAUAAGGGUGGCAGCCAGGCAGGACAGGAGGCUCUGAGCAAAUGGAAAUCCUUCCCCUUGGGUGGAAAUAGAUGCUGUGGGACUCAGGGCAGUCAGCUGGGCUGUCCUGAGAGCUCUGGCCCAAGGUUUAUGAGCUCAGGAGGUCCCAAUAAGGACUGUGUGUGUCUGAUGCCUUAGCACUGCUGUCAGAGGCUCUGCAAGCUCAGCUGGAACCUUUUCAGAGCAGGGUGGCAGCUGAAGUGAUUUGCUCCUUGCAUUUUUAACAGAAGGAGGGCUAUGAUGGCUUUGGGCAGCAAAACCCUGCGUGCCUCACCUGCAACACUGAGAUGAUGCACUUCACUGAGUGUCUGCUGAUGUAACUCCAGCACUUCAUAAAGCAGUGUGAGGGAAACUGGAAACAGCAACAGCAGCGAUCAGUACAACAUCUGAUUUUAUAUAUGUUUUCUAUAUAAAAGUGAGCCCUGCACCUCUCCCCAGUCACCCACAGCUGCCCCUUGGAGCAUCUCAUUUCUGAGCUGUGCCCAGCUGUGGUGGGAUCCAUUCAAUGGCAUUUCCCAGAUGUUUCUUUUACUUUUGCAGCCUCCUCGCUCUUGCCUGCCCCUUACAGCUCUCUGCUGUGGCUGCUGGGGGAUGAAAACCUCCCUCAGAGCCUGGGCUGCUCUCUCUGGGUCUUGAUCUGGUCCUGCUUCAGGCAGAUGGAGCAAAGAGCAGACUCAGCUCCGGGUCUGCUGCAGGGAUCUGCACUUCAGUGCUUUGUUUGAACCAAAGGGCUCUGGGCUUGGCUCAGCAGUGUCACAUCUCCAAAGGGAUUUCAAAGAAUCACAGAAUGGUUUGGGUUGGAAGGGACCUUCAAGACCAUCCCAUUCCAGCCCCCUGCCAUGGGGUCCGUGUGAGUCCACCAGCCAGGGACAUGUGUGGGUUCACACAUGGGGUCAGUGCACUGGGGUGACCUCAAGGAAAGGGAGAUGUUGAGCAGAACAUGGGGCCUGAGCCGCCUGCAAAGCUGCUGUGAGCAGAUGCAAAUCCCUCCUUGGGGUUUGCCUCCAAGCACAUCUUCCCACAAACAGGAAAAGUUCUCCUCUUUGCCCUGAGCCAUUUCUAGUGAGGAAGCAACGCUUCGGGCUGACACAGUCCCACUUCAGGGGGCACAGGGGGGAUGUGGGACCUGCUGGGCUGUGCAGCCCCCACAUGCCCCCCAUCCUGCACAGUGCAGGUGGUGGGUGGAUCUAUGCACAUUCAGGGGCUUUGGCUUCAGCUCCAGCCGUGUCCCCAGCCCUGUUCCCUGCUGCCAGGACAGGUGACGGAUGCUCCGGUGUGUCUGCUUUAUCCCAAACCUGAGGGGAAGGGGCUGCAGGCAGCGAGAAGAAAACACUUCCUGGUGGAAAAAAAAGAGUGAUUUUUGGUUCUCCAAACCUCAGUCUUCCUACUAGCAGCUUAUGCAAUGCGUGGAAAGAAGCUGGACCUCCCCACCUGGCCUUUGGGUGAGCUCCCAGCCGCGGCUGUGCCGCUUCCCCGAGCGGUUUCGCUCCAGGACCUGCUGUGGUUUCCUUCCCAUGUGCUUCCCUCCGGAGCACGUGCCUGCUCCUCAAUGCCAGAAGAGUUUUGCAUCCCCUACGUCUUCCUUCUUGCUUUCUUGGAAACAGGUUUUUAACACCCCACUGCCUUCCUCAGCUGCACAGCGGAGCGUGGGCUUGGUUUGUAUAACCGAGCCCUGCUGCAAAAGGCUCUUGUGAAACAAUCCUGCUGGAGAGUGGAAAUACGGAGAGUGGAAAUACAGAGAGUGAGUAAUAACUCUUCUAACCUUAAGCAAGUUGUUAGCUCUGACUCAACAUCCUUCAUAAUGAAGUCUGCACUGGACUUUUAAUGCAAAAAAGCCUUACCUAACAAAUACAACAGUGAAGGUGAAUUCCCCGUGGUGUACAACUGGUUGCUGAUACUGGAAUCAGUGCUAUUGUCAUCAUUUUUUAAAAAAUACCUUUUUUGUUUUAAUUUAAGCUUGGAGGUGUGAUUAAAAGUUUGGUUGUUUUUCUUUUUUUUUUUUUUUUUUCCACGUUGUAACAUUAAUUUAUGGCUGAGUUUCAUUCAGUCCUGCGUUCAGAAGUGCAGUACAGGUAGUAGUGAUGUGUUGUCUGUAACAUGGCUCUAGAGAGUAGUAACCAAUUUGUAAGAAAAAGAACAGAAUGGAAAGAAAAACAAACAAACAAA